UGCUGGGAAAGCAAAGUGUUUGUGUGUCUUUUUUUGGGGAAAAUUGCCACAUUUUCACCUUCAUCAUGUCUUUCAGCAUCAAAUUGAGCCGAGAUCAGUACAAUCCAGGAGAACUGGUAGAAGGUGAAUUGGUGGUUUCCCUUGACAAACCAAGAAGGUUCAAAAUAAUCUACGUGGAGAUCAGCGGAUGUGCAGAAUCAAAUUGGAAGGAGCGAGGAUUGACAUCCAAUGAGUAUUUCCGUGGUCGUAAAGACUACUUCCACCAGAUCAUCUGCAUGGCUGGUGACUGGAACAAUCGGACACCUUUUGAACUACCUUUCACUGCUAAGCACCGCUUCCAGUUCCAAAUAAACCUUCCCUUCACCUUGCCACCGCGUAUCAGCACAGAAUACGGGCGGGUCCGCUUCAGGGUACGGGCUUUCGUGCACGUGGAACGCAGUGGGCAGUUUGUGGAGGAUAUCGUGAAGAAGAACAUUCACAUUGCAUCUCAUUGGCGCUCCAUUGAACCAGGAUUCGUGCGAGAAUUGCCGGAUGCCAGUGAGAUUAACCGCGAGAUGGAGGAUCAAGUAAAGGUUUACGGUGAAAUGCCAAAAAGGGAAUACGAGCUAGGAGAGGAGGCUACUAUCAAUGUCCGGAUUGAGAAUAAGAGACUACUGCCCAUCAACAAGAUCAAGUUUCAGCUUAGGCAAAUUGUUACUUUCUUCAGCAUGACGCCCAGGCGUACAUCCAAAACUGUGAUUAAUGAGGUGAAAGAAAAUCACAGCAAAAUGAUCAAGUGGGAACCCGGAUCACCUAUCCUUUCAGCUGUAGGAAGUCUCAAGAUACCAGACUAUGUCCUGGCUAGCUAUGAAUGUUGCAAUGAUGUGGUAUCAGUAUCGUAUGACAUCAAAGUAAGGCCCAAAGUGAAGGACGAUGUAGAAAAACUUCUAGCCAUCUUCCUACCUGUCAUUCUGGGACACCCACCAAAGCAGGAAAUACCUUUCACACCUGUUUUCCCCACUCAGGGAUAUCCUCAUCCAAGCCCAUCCACGUCCCAAUUCGUCCCACAACCGUAUGGCGCAGCUGCAAUGAAUACCAACUCUCUGCCUUCGUAUGAAGAUCUCAUGAGAUCGGAUCAGUCUACGCAGAAGAUGUGAUAACGUUGCAGUACAUUGAAAUAAAAAGGAACUAGUCAAUUCUCUGAA